AUGGCUAAAUACGUAGGUCCAUGCUUGUUUCUGGGAUUGGCUGUGAUAUGCACGGUCAUCGCUAUAUCUUCGGCGCGAGAUGUUCGGAGUAUGAGAGGAGAUUUGGAGGUGGCCGGUACUCAUCAUCAUCACCAUGGCCAUCAUCACGAACAUGGCGGAGGUCAUGAGCAUCAUUCUCAUCAUCACGGAGAACACGGUGAGGAGGGCCAUAAAGGGCAUAAGGGCCAUCAUCAUCAUGAAGAGGGAGAACACGGCCAUCAUGGUAAAGAACAUCAUGAGGGUCAUCAUCACGAGCAUGGUGGUCAUAAGAAGGGUCAUCACGACGAGCAUGAUGAGCAUGGUAGCCACCAUGAGCACGAACACGGCCAUAAAGAGUCGAAAUUCGGCCAUGGAAAGGGUCACAAGAAAGGCGAAAAGACUCAUGGCUAUCAUCAUAAAUCCCAUAAAGAUGAAUUCCAUAAGGAACACAAGUUUUACGAUGAUCAUCAUAAAGGUGGCCACCAUGAAAAGCAUGGCGAUCAUCAUGAGCAUCACCAUGGCAAGGAAGGUCAUCACAAGAAGGGCGGACAUCAUCAUUCUGGCCACCAUGAAGAUCACCACGGUAAGAAGGGCCAUCAUGAUAAAGGACAUUAUGAUGAAGAUCACCAUGGUCAUCAUGGCAAACAUGGUCACGAAGAGCACCACCAUCAUCACGAAGAUCAUGGAAAGAAGAGUGAACAUCAUGGCGGCAAAAAGCAUGGUUAUUCGAGCGGUCACGGUCAUCACGGUCACCAUCAUCAUCAUGGCCAUUAUGGAAGACAUCAUCAUCACGAGCAUGGUGGCGGGGAGGAGCAUCAUUCUCAUCAUCAUCAUGAACAUGGCGACCAUGGUCACAAGGGUUAUAAGCACCACCAUCAUCACGGAAAGGGUGAAAAAGGACAUCAUGACAAGGAGCAUCAUCAUGGGCACCACGAUGAGCACGGAGGACAUAAGAAGCAUCAUCAUCAUGACGAUGGUCAUCACAAGGAGCAUCAUCAUGGCGAAAAAGGGGAGAAGGGUCAUAAGUUCCACGAGAAGGGACACUAUGGCAAAGGCCACAGCACUCAUGGUCAUCACGAAGUGAAGAAGAAAGACGAAUACAAGAAAGACAAAGAAUUCUUCGACGAACAUCACGAUCAUGGUCAUCACGAUGAGCACGGUGGCCAUCAUCAUGAACACGGACACAAGAAAGGUGGCCACUUUAAGAAAGGACAUCAUGACCAUCAUCAUCACGAGGGUCAUCACGGUAAGAAGGGUCACCAUGAGAAGGGCCAUCAUCAUCAUGAUCAUAAGGGACACAAAGGUCACCACGAUCAUCAUGAGCAUCAUCAUCACCAUCAUCAUCAUGGCAAGAAGGGCGGCCACGAAGAUCAUAAGCACUGGGGUUACAAGAAAGGACAUUGA